UCUAGAAAAGACAAUAACAUAUUUUGCAAUGAUAGGUAAUAGAAGGCAGUAGGCAUCUAUCCAGAUGCAUGGCCCUGAGUCAGGAAGACCUGAGGAGAACACUUGAGAACAGGGGGACUUUGCUGUCUCCCAUUCAAGGGGUUGCUAUAAACUGAAGUUGAUUUGAUCACACCUAACAACAACAAAGCAUAGGUCGUUGGACUGCAACUCCCAGCAUUCCUCAUACUGUCUUUGUCAGCUAAGACCUCCUGGUUGUUGUGGUUCAACAACAUUUGGAGGGCCACAGAUUGCCAUUUGUGAUUUAGGGCAGGAAUUCUAAUUCUAGAGUUGGACUUCGGGGAGGCAAACAUCAUUGCCGACCCACAGCAAACCAUCAAGAGAUCCACCUAUAGAUAUCGACAAUGUGCUUUCUGGCCAGCCAUGUUCUAAGCUGGGGAUGCAGAAGAUUGCAGAUGUUAUGGCAAAGCAGAGUGCAGAAGUGGAGGAGGAAAGCAUGAGUGUGGGAGAAAACGAGAGCAAACACAGAAGGGCCCAGAGACAGAAAAACAGAACCCAGGCCAACAUCUGGUGAAAUGUCAGCACAAGGCAAAAACAGCUGGAUUUUGUCAAUGCCCCAGAAAACGAAUACCAUCCCCAGGAUGGAGGUGGGUGGGGCGGAGGUUGUUUUUGGAACUCAAAGCUUUAGGAGGCCAGCAAAUCCGACUAGCUGAAAAACACCCCUUCGCCUUACAUCAAAAGAAACUUUGGGAGUGAAUGGUCAGAUCGGAUUUAUGUCCUGUAGGAGUUGAGCUGUGUAAGGAAGAAGGAGAGGGAGAGUGUGCGAGGAGUUAACCACUUGUAGCUGGAGGCAGGGUUGCUGCAUGGCCCUGUUUUUUGGGCUGUAAACUGAUGAGAUCAUAAGUAUUUUCUCAAGCAAGGAAGGCGAGCGGAGGAGAAAAAGGCCUAAAGACAAGUUAACGUUGCAGGAGAAAAGCAAAAGGAGAAGAGACUGCCCAGGAGCCAUGGAGCAAGCCACCAAGAGCCUCUUGGCCCUGCUAUUGUUUCUGCAAGAGUCUGUUGUUCAUCCUUAUUCAGUUCCAGCAGAUGCCUCUAAUCCUGAGAGCGUAGUGGUGUCUGUUCUGAACAUCACAGCCAAGGCGGGUUCUCGAACAGUGCUCUCUUGUAAGAGCUACCGGAUGGUGUGGACGCAGGACCGGCUGAAUGACCGCCAGCGCGUGGUCCACUGGGACCUCUACCGAAGCCAACUGGGCGCUGAGAGACUAUGCGACAUGUAUUCUGCUGGGGACCAGCGAGUCUACAGUGGCUAUAACCAAGGGCGGAUAUUCAUGCCUGAAAACGCAUUUGUGGAUGGCAACUUCUCAUUGGUGGUCAAAGACGUCGCCGAGAGUGACCAAGGCAUUUAUUCUUGCAAUCUCCACCACCAUUAUUGUCAUCUCUAUGAAACAGUGCAAAUCCAGCUUGAAGUCACCAAAAGAGCCAGAGAAGUGCACAGUUAUUGGGACGGAGAGAAGCCUGUGGUUGUGGCCCUGAAAGGGAGCACCGUAGUACUCCCCUGUAUCAACCGGAACCAAGUUUGGACUGAGCGGCAUGAUGAGGAGGAUCAGCAAGUGGUCCACUGGGACUGGCAGCCCCCAGGAGUGCCUCAUGACCGGGCGGAUCGUCUCAUUGACCUCUAUGCCUCUGGAGAAGGGCGCUCUUACGGGCCUCUCUUCAUACGUCAAAAGAUGAACAUCACUGAGAAGGCCUUUGCCCUGGGUGACUUUUCUCUGAGGAUAGCCAGUUUGGAGAUGGCAGAUGAAGGCAUCUACUCUUGCCAUCUUCACCAUCACUACUGCGGCCUUCAUGAACGUAGACUUUUCCAUGUCUCUGUUGUGGAGCCAGAACCAGAGAGGAAGGUGGUGGUGAAUCUCACCCGCUCCAAUCCACCGGUUGCAGACCCAAAUGCAGGACGCAGCCACAAUGUCAUCAAUGUCAUUAUUCCCGAUAGCCGUGCUCAUUUCUUCCAUCAGCUGAGCUACAUUCUGCCAACGCUGUUGCUCUUCAUCCUACUCCUGAUCCUUGUGAUCCUCAUCACUCACAAACACCGGAGGAGAGGUUCGGAGUACAACGUGAAGAAGUAUGAUGAGAAAGAUAUCAAUCUUAGAGAGUUCCCAGUUGAUACAACAGAUUUGUCCAACUAUAAAAAUGAAGACAUUAGGCUGGAUUACAAGAACAAUAUUCUGAAGGAGAAGGCUGAACAAAACAGGGUCCUCCCAGCCAAAAACAUUGAUCUAGAUAAAGAGUUCAGGAAAGAAUACUGUAAGUGAAAAUGGCAAUUGCAAGCGACUGGCUGGACCAGAAGCUCCAACUGGAAUUGAAAGAACAAGAGAAGGCUUUGUUCUUCCUUUUUAAAAUGUACUACCUUCAGUUACUGAACCUUCUCUGUAGGCUUCCUUCCUGUCUUGUUGGGAGAACCAAAGGCAUAGAUGAUGAUACCUGCAAUCCUAUACGCCAACUCUCCCCCCAGCCUUGUUCUUUCCAGAUGUGCUGCACUACAACUCAUAUCAUCCCUAGACACUGCAACACCUCUGGAGAACACCAGGUUGGAAAACAAUUACACAUUUACAUGGGAGUAAGUCCCAUUGAGGUUGAUAGGCCUUUCAUCUGAGUAGACAGGUACAGGGUUGCAUUGUUAUACUUCCUCUUUAUUAUCCUAUAUAAUGCUAUUUUAAGGAGGGGGGUAUCUUUUUUGUUUCUUGAUGGGUUUGCUAAAUCUCUUCCCUAUCCCCAUCCUUUUUGAUUUUACUUUCUUUGUUCAACUAAUUAUUUGAACAAGUUAGGAAUUAUAUUUUGAAGGGUUUUUUUUAAUUAAAGAAAAGCUUUUUUUGUGUAAUAAGCUGAAAAUGUAGAGGCUUGGAUGUCUGUUAAACCUAGAACAGAUCAUGUACUAUUCCUCAUCACGGCAAUAUUUCUCUCCCCAAAAGACAAUUGCCUUGACCUGACUGUGUAUAUAUUGGAUCUCCUUGGCUUUUGUGUUGCACAGACCUCUUUGUCACAACCUUUGGGCAAAGAACUUGACUUGGUUCAUAUUUUAGUCUGCUCCAAUCCAAGGCCAUCCAAUAGCACCAAUUUAUUUAAAUCCUCAAAUAACACAAUGAAGCAAAAAAGGACAUGGCUGCAAUUUAUAUAACAUACAUCAGUGGCUCUCAAACAUUUUACCCUUGUUGACCCCCUUUACAUCUAAAUGCACCCCCCACACUUCGCAUAG